UUCAGGAAAAUGUUUUUGUAUGGAGAGCAAAUUGAGCAAUGAAUUGAGAAAAACCUCGCCUGCGACGUCACAGGAACCUGGUCUUGUUCUUCCGUGAGUUCUCUUAGGAACCUCUCUGUGUCAGUCAGAGUCUCCACAAGACGAAGAUGACACUCAAAUGGGUUUUGCACUGGCAGCCAAACGCAGGAAGCACUGUGAACAGUCAAAUCCUGAGCGAAGUCUCGCAGUGCGUCGAGAGCAUCAAUGGCGUCAAAGAAGGCCGCUGGAGAGCCACCCUCACCUUCUACAAACCCCACACCCGAGAACAGUCAAUGGUGGCCGAGUUCCCGCGCGAUUUUCUAGGGAUUUUGCUACCGGAGCAGCCGAACAAGUACUACUUCAUAAUCCGAGGGCAGCGCAUUGUGCUUGAGGCGGACUCGUCGAUUCAGACUCUCAUGGAGAAGCUUCAGUCUUACAAGACCCGUGUCGCGCUUCAUUUCGAUGGCUUUCAGUACCAACUGGGUGACUUUCAGCUGAGAGUGGGAAAAGUUGUUCCUACUCACUCCGAGAAUUUGAGAGGGAUAGUAAUGGAGGUAGAGUAUGUUCCAAUUUCCUCUGUGGAGAAAGCGAGGCAAAUCAUGGAAGAGUUCCUGGAUAUAUGGCAAGAAGCUGUAUCAAAAAGAUCAUUACCAGGACAUUUUAUGCAUAUGGAACCAAAUUUUGCAGAGUAUGGCCUCACAGACCACUAUACUUCCCAACACACUGCUGUUCAAUAUGCUACGGUAAUGGCUCAACUCAUUGCAACAGUGCAAGCAGUGCAAUCAGUGAGAAAUUAGCAAAGGGUGAAAGAUUUGUGUCAUGUAUGUGAUAUGGUAUAACUGGCUCCUUUUCAUUUUACCUUUCUCAUUUUAAGUUUAAAUCCAGUAUCUGAAGCUUUAAUUGAUGCACCACUUAGAAUCCUA